CUUCCAUGCCCACUUAACAACAAAGUUUCUUAAAAUUCCACUGUCCAACAAUAACCAUAUCUUCUUCUUCUUCUUCUUCGUCUCCCUCUAACUUACUUCUCAUUGCUCUAUCAACACUCGCCCUCCGAUUCCAACACCAAUAACCCUAAUUCCGCUAUUCUCCAACCGUUUCUUUUUUCUUCUUUCGUUCUCUCUUUCUCUUUUUUUAUGAAGCCUCCUUGGCUGUGAUUUUUACUUACUAUUAUUAUUUUUCAGCUCGAUAAAAUACUUGAGAUUAUUUGGUACCUAAGUUAACACAGACAGUGACUGUGAAUGAUGGAUGUUGCUGAGGUUGAGGAAAAUCUGUUUGCCGCAAGUGAUGCCAAGUUACAUGGACAGAUGUGCAAGACUCUUUCUAUAAUCUAUUGCAAAGUACUGUCUGUAUUUCCUUCUUUAGAAGCUGCUAGGCCUAGGAGUAAAUCUGGUAUUCAGGCAUUAUGUUCAUUGCAUGUAGCCUUGGAGAAAGUCAAGAAUGUUCUUCAGCACUGCUCAGAGUGUAGUAAACUUUACUUGGCUAUAACUGGAGAUUCUGUCCUCCUAAAAUUUGAGAAGGCUAAAUGUGCUCUUGAAGAUAGUCUUAGACGGGUGGAAGAUAUUGUUCCACAAUCUAUUGGGUGUCAGGUUCAGGAGAUUGUGAAUGAAUUUGCAACAAUAGAAUUUGCACUUGAUCCAUCAGAGAAGCAAGUUGGUGAUGAUUUAAUUGCAUUGCUCCAACAGGGAAGAAAGUUGAAUGACUCUAAUGACAGCAAUGAGCUUGAAUCUUUUCACCAGGCUGCUACUAGACUUGGAAUUGCAUCUUCAAGAGCAGCUCUUGCCGAAAGAAGAGCUCUCAAGAAACUCAUAGUGAGGGCUCGAUCUGAGGAAGACAAGCGGAAGGAAUCAAUUAUUGCAUAUCUUUUACAUCUUAUGAGGAAAUACUCCAAGUUAUUUAGAAACGAGUUCUCAGAUGACAAUGAUUCUCAGGGUUCUGCACCUUGUUCUCCCAGUGUUCAGGGAUCCAUUGAGGAUAGUGUUCCUGGUAGUCAUUGUCAAGCCUUUGACAGACAGCUUUCAAAACUCAGUUGCUUUAAUUUCAAACCAAAUAAUAGUAGGAAAUCAGGGCAGAUGCCUCUUCCGCCUGAAGAGUUAAGGUGUCCAAUAUCUCUGCAACUUAUGUAUGAUCCUGUUACCAUUGCUUCUGGGCAAACUUAUGAAAGGGUUUGGAUAGAGAAAUGGUUUAGUGAUGGGCACAACAACUGCCCAAAGACCCAGCAGAAGCUUUCACAUCUUUGUUUGACUCCUAAUUAUUGUGUUAAGGGCCUUGUUGCUAGUUGGUGUGAACAAAAUGGAGUUCCUAUUCCUGAAGGCCCUCCUGAAUCUCUUGAUCUUAACUACUGGGGAAUGGUAUUAUCAGAGUCUGAAUCUACAAAUUCAAAAUCUAUAGAUAGUGUUAGCUAUUGCAAGUUGAAGGGUGUCCUUGUGGUUCCUUUGGAAGAGAGCGGUAUCUCAGAGGAAUAUGUGGAAAAUGGAACUGAAAGUGUUUCUGCACAAGAGGAAGACUCUGAGCAGUAUUUUAGCUUUCUGAAAGUCUUGACUGAGGGGAACAAUUGGAGGAAGCAAUGUGAAGUGGUAGAACAGUUAAGGCUGUUGCUGAGGGAUGAUGAGGAAGCCAGGAUUUUUAUGGGGGCUAAUGGGUUUGUUGAAGCACUUUUGCAGUUUUUGCAAUCAGCUUUGCGUGAAGGUAGUUUGAUGGCUCUGGAAAGUGGAGCAAUGGCUCUCUUCAACCUGGCUGUGAAUAAUAACAGAAAUAAGGAAAUUAUGUUAUCAGCUGGAGUAUUAUCAUUGUUGGAGGAAAUGAUUUCUAAAACUAGUUCUUAUGGUUGUACAACUGCUCUUUAUUUGAAUCUCUCUUGCCUUGAAGAAGCCAAGCCUAUGAUUGGCGUGACUCAGGCUGUCCAGUUCCUAAUCCAGCUUCUUCAAUCUGACUCUGAUGUUCAAUGCAAGCAAGAUUCUCUCCAUGCUCUCUAUAAUCUUUCUACUGUGCCCUCCAAUAUUCCAUGCCUCCUUUCAUUUGGCAUCAUUAGUGGCUUACAAUCCCUUCUUGUAGGCGAGGGGGAUAGCAUUUGGACAGAAAAAUGUGUAGCUGUUUUGAUAAAUUUAGCAACUUCUCAAGUUGGAAGGGAGGAAAUCGUAUCAACUCCUGGACUCAUCGGUGCAUUGGCUUCAAUAUUGGACACCGGGGAGCUCAUAGAACAGGAGCAAGCUGUCUCUUGUCUCCUAAUUUUGUGCAAUAGAAGUGAGGAAUGUAGUGAGAUGGUCCUGCAGGAAGGGGUUAUACCAGCAUUGGUUUCAAUAUCAGUGAAUGGAACUCCAAGAGGUCAAGAAAAAGCUCAGAAACUCUUAAUGUUGUUCCGAGAGCAGCGACGGGACCCUUCACCAGUUAAGACACAUAAGUGCCCACCUGAAACUGCUAGUGAUUUGUCUAUGCCACCUGCUGAAAUGAAACCGAUAUGCAAGUCGAUUUUGAGAAGAAAGUCCGGGAGAGCUUUUAGCUUUUUCUGGAAAAACAAGAGCUAUUCUGUAUACCAGUGUUAAGUUCCAUUGGUUGUUGUAAAUCUGUGUUAGCAUCUUUUAUUUUUGUGGCCCUGCUUUUAUCCUCCUCCUCUACUUCUUGUUCCCAUGGGGUGCUCUGCUUAUUUUUGGUUCAAAGCGAAGAAGAGAUGUACAGGCCUGUGUAAUUUAUGGAUUUUGUUUUCUUCUUUCGCUUUCCUCUUUGUAAUAUCAAAUUUCCAAGUGUUUUUUCCUUUCUUUUUUUUUUUUUUUGUUGGGGGGUGUUUAUAUUUCACUAGGGCUUCAAUUCUUAGGCUUACAAUUUUGAAGUUAACUGUGAAUAAUAAUGUCUUAAGGUGUUUCUUGGUAAACAAACUAUAAAGGUUACACGAUA